CAGCCCGCGGCUCAUACCGUGUCCCCGCGCCCCCCCCGCGCCGGUCUGUCGGGGCGGCGGAUGGCGACGGCGGCGGCGGGAGGCCGCUCGCUCCCGCGGGCACGGCCGCAGCGCGCGUAGGGGCCGCGGGCAGGCGCCACCCCACACCAUGCUGACCGCCGCUUGGCUGGGCAGGGGUUUCUGGGGGCUCCUCCGCGGCGCGGGGCGGAGACGGCCGGGCGGCGGCGCGAGGCCUCUGGCCGCCCGACCCGGGGCGGCGGCGACGGCGGAGGGGCGCGGCGGCGGGCCGGGCGGCCGCCGCCAUGGCAACAGCGGCGUCUUCUGCCUGGCGGCGGCCGCGAGGGCUCUGGUGGGGUCGCGCGCGGCGCCCGCCCUGCGGCAGCACCAGCGGCUGCUGCGCGAGCCCCAGCGGCUGCUGCGCGCGCCCGCCACCGCCUGGCGCCUCCUCAGCGGCGGGAGCGGGCAGCGGCGGGCGGGGAGCGGCGGGGCCGGGCCGCCGGAGCCCCCCCGGGAGCGGCGUGUGGCGGGGCGCUACGCCGAGCUGUAUGAAAACCCCUGGACGAUCCCAAAUAUACUCUCGAUGGCAAGAAUGGGUUUGGCGCCAGUUUUAGGGUAUUUGAUCGUUGAAGAAAACUUCCGUGUUGCACUAGGUGUCUUUGUUUUGGCCGGUGUAACGGAUUUGCUGGAUGGAUUUAUUGCACGAAACUGGGCUAAUCAGAAAUCAGCUUUGGGAAGCGCUCUUGAUCCUCUGGCUGAUAAAAUUCUCAUCAGUGUGCUCUAUGUAAGCCUAACUUGUGCAAAUCUUAUCCCAGUUUCACUUACUUCCGUGAUUAUUCUGAGGGAUGUAGCGCUCAUUGCUGCUGUUUUUUAUGUGCGAUACAAAACUCUUUCUCCACCGAGAACACUCAGUAGGUAUUUUAACCCCUGUUACGCUACUGCCCAAUUAAAACCAACAUUCAUUAGCAAGAUGAAUACAGCAGUUCAGCUAAUUUUGGUGGCAGCUUCUUUAGCAGCUCCUGUUUUCAAUUAUGUGGACAGCAUAUAUCUGCAGACAUUAUGGUGCAUCACAGCUUUCACAACGGUGACAUCUGCAUACAGCUAUUACCACUACGGCCGAAAAACGGUUCAGGUGAUAAACAACAAAUGAAGUAUUCCUGGAAGGACCAGGUCUUGGCAGUGUGGUGUGCUUUACUGCCGAAGAUGGUUGUAUUGCAACUGAGUUUUGGAUCAAGAAAUCUUGUUUUUCUGCUUAAACCAUGGCAUCGCAAUGAAGUGAAGUUUGAACAUGUACUGUGUAUAUAUAUGGAGAGAGACUUUUCAGUGUAUUUUUAAUUUGUUUAAAAAUAAGGUUGUUUACAAAAACAAAUAAAUAAUAUUCUUAAAGACA